AUGAGCUAUGCUGCUGGGAAGGACUGGACUAACGUAUCGUUCGAAGUGGGUAGGCUUCAACUUCGUGAAUGGCGUGAAACAAGUGCAAGAAGAAGCGAAGAGGUUGUAGAACUGUGGGAACACGUCGUGAGCCGUUCACCCUCUUCGCUUGGUGAUGAAUUAUGGAUUGUUUAUGAACAGGUAUGCGUUGCUGCACUAGAUUGUGCUCGACUCGAUUUGGCUGGUGAAUGUAUUUCUGCUUUAAAUAAUCGUUUUCCGCGAAGCAAUCGUGUUCUCAGACUUCGGGCGAUGCAUCAUGAGGCAGCCGACCAAUUCGAUACUGCCUUAGCGUUAUAUGAGAGACUAAUUGAGGAUGAUCCUACCAAUAAUUCUUUUCGCAAACGAAAAGUGGCUGUUUUAUUAGCACAAGGAUUACGGCUUGAAGCAAUUCGUGAACUUAAUGACUACCUCAAGAUAUUUCUAAACGAUUCGGAGGCAUGGCUUCAGCUGAGCGAACUAUUUUUGGCUGAAUCUGAUUUCGCCAAGGCAGCCCAUUGCCUAGAAGAAUGCGUACUUGCAGCGCCUCUCAACACGUUGUAUCUUCGGCGUCUUGCCGAUAUUCGAUACACUCAAGGUGGACAAGAGAACAUAGAACUUGCCCGUGCUUACUAUGAACAAGCAGCCAAACUUAAUCCUGUUGAUCUACGCGCAUUAUAUGGCAUAGUUCUGUGUACUAACUAUUUAUCGAAUCACAUGAAGGGAUCUGGUGGUGAUAAGAAGAGGGAUCUGAUUGCAGCCGGUGGCAGUGCUAUCGAUAAGAUUUUGGCCAUAUAUGAAGAGGUUGAAAGCAGAGAUGAGAAUCCGAACAUACCACUUGUAAUGGAUGCUGUAAAACAGAUGAAGACUCAAUUAUCUACCUCUAAGUGA